AUGUCAAUUUCCAAGUAUUUCACUCCAGUGCAGGAUGCUUCUGUCACUUUUGAUGGGGCGAAUGUCAAAGUGAGAACAUCACUCUUCGAUGAUUCUAACGAUGAUAUCGAAUCUCAACAAUUACUGUCAUCAGCUGCUGUUUCUGAAAAACCAAAAAAUAUAUUAAACGAUCUGACCUUUAAGGCAGAUGAAGGUGAAGUGGUCCUAGUUUUAGGUGCUCCCACUUCUGAACUUUUCCAAGCAUUAUUCCAUGGUCAUAAAAGCUUAAAAUAUAAACCUGAGGGAUCAAUUAGAUUCAAGGAUAAUGAAUUCAAGGCAUUCUCUUCUAAAUGUCCUCAAGAAAUUAUUUACAAUAACGAACAAGAUAUCCAUUUCCCAUUUUUAACUGUUAGACAAACAAUCGAUUUUGCAUUGAGCUGUAAGUUCCACAUCCCAUUGGAGGAACGUAACCAAAUGAGAGAUGAAUUAUUAAAUGGGUUCGGUCUUUCUCAUGUCGUUGACACAUUUGUUGGUAACGAUUAUGUUCGUGGUGUUUCUGGUGGUGAACGUAAACGUAUUUCCAUUAUUGAAACAUUCAUCGCUAACGGUUCCGUUUAUCUUUGGGAUAACUCUACCAAGGGGUUAGAUUCUUCAACCGCCUUAGAGUUUCUUUCCAUCUUACAAACCAUGGCAAGAACCACACGUUCUGUCAAUUUUGUUAAGAUUUCUCAAGCUAGUGAUAAGAUUGUCGAAAAAUUUGACAAAAUCUUAAUGUUGACUGAAUCUUAUCAAGUAUUUUAUGGUACCGUCGAUGAAUGUUUAGUAUACUUCCGUGACACUUUGGGUAUUCAGAAGGAUCCAAAUGAUUGUAUCAUUGAAUAUCUAACAUCCAUCUUAAAUUUCCAAUUCAUUAAUAAGGAUAUUAAUAACCCAUUGUCACCAGUUCAAUCGCAAAAGAGUGUGAGAAGCUCAAUUGCCAACAACGAAAUUGACUUAUACAACUAUUGGAUUAAGUCACCAUACUAUGCCAACUGGAAGAAAAUUACUUCCGACAGUAUUAAAGACAUGCCAACUAGAGACUCUGUCAAUCCAGAUGACAUCAAACCAAUUUUCAGUAUUCCAUUAAAGUUACAAUUGAAGGCUUGUACUAUUAGAGCUUUCGAAAGAAUUAUUGGUGAUAAGAAUUAUAUCAUUUCCCAAUUUGUUUCUGUCAUCGUUCAAUCUUUGGUUAUCGGUUCCUUAUUUUAUGAAAUUCCACGUACUACUAUUGGUUCCUUCUCAAGAGGUUCUCUAGUUUUCUUCUCUAUUCUGUUUUUCACUUUCUUAGCCCUGGCAGAUAUGCCAUCAAAUUUCCAAAGAAAUGCCGUUGUUACCAAACAUGUCCAAUUACAUUUCUACUACGGUUGGGUUGAAGCAUUAGCCUCCACAAUUUAUGAUUAUAUCUUCAAGUUUAUUCUGGUUGUUAUAUUUACCAUUAUUCUGUAUUUCUUAGCUCAUUUGCAAUACAAUGGUGCUAGAUUUUUCAUUUUCCUACUGUUCCUGUCAUUCUACAAUUUCUGUAUGGUGUCAUUAUUCAAUUGGACAGCUUUGUUAAGUCCAACUAUUUCAUUCGCAAAUUUGCUUGCAGGUAUCGUUCUAUUGGCUAUUGCCAUGUACGCUUCUUAUGUGAUUCAUUUGCCAGAUAUGCAUCCAUGGUUUGUUUGGAUCGCUUACUUAAAUCCUGCUAUGUUCGCUAUGGAAGCUAUGCUAACCAAUGAAUUGUUUGAUAUCAACUUGGAUUGUACCGAAAGUAUUAUCCCUAGAGGUCCAAGUUAUGAUAACAUUACUUUUGCUCAUAAAGCUUGUGCUUGGCAAGGUGCCACCCUGGGUAACAAUUAUGUUAGAGGCCAAGAUUAUUUGAAAUCAGGUUUAAAAUAUAGAUACAGUCACGUUUGGAGAAAUUUUGGUAUCAUUAUAGGGUUCUGUUGUUUCAAUUUAGUCUGUUCUUUGCUAACUGCUGAAUACAUUACUCCACUUUACACAAGAAAGAAUAUUCUUCUAUGGUCAAGUUACAUUGCUAGGUACAAUCCAUUGAGCAGAAAGAAAAAGGAACAAGAAUAUGAAAUGGAUGAAUACGAAAAGGGUAAUAACAAACGUCCAAUUUCUUCUUCCUCAUCCUCUUUAUCUCUUGGUGCUGGUAUUGCUGAUGAUGAUUCCAUUAAAGCUCCUAUUACUUCUCAAUAUGACAAGUCUGCUACCGUCCAAACUCAAAAGCAUGUCAUUUCAUGGAGAAAUAUCAACUAUACAGUUGAAGGUGACAAACAGUUGAUUAAUGAUUGUUCUGGGUUUAUCAGUUCUGGUUUAACCGCCCUUAUGGGUGAAUCUGGUGCUGGUAAGACAACUUUGUUAAAUGUUUUAUCUCAAAGAGUUACAUCUGGUGAGGUUACUGGUGAAUUGUUAAUCGAUGGUCAACCAUUAACUAACAUUGCUGCCUUUAGAAGAAGUAUUGGUUUUGUUCAACAACAAGAUGUUCAUUUGGAUCUAUUGACUGUUAAAGAAUCUUUGGAAAUCUCAUGUAUCUUAAGAGGUGAUGGUGAUAGAGAUUAUUUGGGUACUGUCGCUAAGUUAUUGAAGUUACCAGCUAACACCUUGGUUGCUGAUCUAACUCCAACUGAAAAGAAACUAUUGUCCAUCGGUGUCGAAUUGGUUACCAAGCCUUCAUUGUUAUUAUUCUUAGAUGAACCAACUUCUGGUCUAGAUGCUGAAGCUGCAUUAACUAUUGUUCAAUUCUUAAAGAAACUGUCUUUACAAGGUCAAGCUAUUUUAUGUACUAUCCAUCAACCUAGUAAGAGUGUUAUCAAAUAUUUCGAUAAUAUUUAUUUGUUAAAGAGAGGUGGUGAAUGUGUUUACUUUGGUCAUAUUGAUGAUGGUUGUGAUUACUUCCUAACCCAUGACGAGCAUUUGACUUACAACAAGGAAACUGAAAAUCCAGCUGAUUUCGUUAUUGAUGUCGUUGGUGGUAAGCAAAAGGAUGGAGAUGGUGUAUUGAUUGAAAAGCCUAAGAUAAACUGGACCCAACUUUGGGACGAAUCACCGGAAAGGGAACAAAUUCAUCAAAACCUGGAUACGUUAGAAGAAGAAGCACGUCAUUCAGGUGUCGAUUUCGUUCAAUUUGCUUGGAGUCAACCAUCUUACUGGCAACAAUUAAUCGUUAUUCUAAGAAGACAAUAUAUUUGCACAAAGAGGGAUACCAAUUAUGUUCUCUCCAAAUUCUUAUUGAAUGCUGGUGCAGGUUUGUUUAUCGGGUUCUCAUUUUGGAAGACAAAGAAGAAUAUUUCUGGUCUACAAAAUGCUAUUUUCUUGUCCUUUAUGAACAUGUGUCUAUCCUCUCCAUUAAUUAACCAAAUUCAAGAUAAAGCUUUACACUCUAAAGAUGUUUACGUUGCUAGAGAAGCAAGUUCUAAUACCUAUCAUUGGACUGUCCUAUUAUUGGCUCAAACGUUAGUGGAAUUACCAUUGGCAAUCUCUAGUUCUACCUUAUUUUUCUUAUGUUGCUACUUCUGUUGUGGGUUUGAUAAUUCUCCUCAUAUUGCUGGUGUGUUUUACUUCAACUAUAUUCUAUUCAGUGCUUACUACUUGACAUUUGGUCUAUGGUUACUAUAUACUGCACCAGAUUUACAAACUGCUGCCGUUUUUGUUGCUUUCUUGUAUAGUUUCACAGCAUCAUUCUGUGGUGUUAUGCAACCAUACAGUUUGUUCGUCGGUUUCUGGAAGUUUAUGUACAGGGUUUCACCAUACACGUACUUCAUUGAUACGUUUGUUAGUUUGUUACUUCACGAUAGACCUGUACAGUGUUCUGUCGGAGAAAUGGUUCCUGGACAACCUUUGCCAGGUCAAACAUGUGGUCAAUUCAUGGCUCCAUUUAUCGCUGACCAAGGUGGGUACUUACAUAAUCCAAAAACUUUCACAGUCUGUGGUUACUGUACCUACACUGUUGGUGAUGAUUUCUUGGCAGUUGAAAAUAUGAGUUAUUCAAACAGAUGGAGAAACUUCGGUAUUGAAUGUGCUUUUGUUGUUUUCAAUUUCGUUGCAAUGUUUAUUGGUUUCUAUCUAACAUACGUGAAACAAGUCUGGCCAUCAGUCUAUGCUUUCUGUAUGAAGGCUGUUCCAAGAAACGUUUUCAAGAAAAAGACCGAAGAUGUUUCUACCAUUACUGUUGAAGAUUCUGAGGACAAAAAAGCAUAG